AUGGCACAGGAUGCAAAGUCCAAGCGUGCUUCUUCCGGCUUUUCUCUUCGAGGAAUAAUAAAACGGCCUGAUUUUUCUUCUUCCUGGGAAGAUGUCUUAGGUUUAACUCCCCCAACAGUUUCGGAAAGCACUGAAGAUCGUCCGCAAGACGAAAAUUCUAAAAGUCCCAUAGACACAAAGCUGUUGAUACAAGAAUUGCAAAAGCCUCACCCUAUAGAAACCCGUAUUAAACUUAUUAGAGAACUAUGUGAUAUUGUCACAAAAUACACUUUUUCUGAUAUGACCGAAGUAUGGGUUUGUGUUAGUGAGCUAUUAACGUCUGAUAAGGCCGAAGCAAGAAUUGUUGCCUUUCAGUUUAUGAUUUCUUGCAUAAAGGGACAACAUAUCGAUAAUUUAGGUUUUCUUAGAACAAUUUUUUAUGAUUGUAUAAAAUCUUAUAAUAAUGACCAAGAUUUUGAAAUUAGAUUAAUGGCAUUGAGAGAACUAUGUCAUGAUGGAAGAAAUAUUUCUUCUUUUGAAAAAAAUUUGGUAAAAUUACUUUCUGAAUGGGUUAACGAAACUGUACGACAAUUGGACAAUCAAAGCUCAACGGUUCAAAAACAAGAAGGGCAGACAAAUAUCAUGGCUCCUUUUUUAACUGCUGAACCAAUUGGUGAAUCAUUAGAUUCUGAUAUACCUCUACAACCAACCUUUACGACGAGGUUGCAAUCCGUAGUUAGUCUAUUGAUUAGUGUAGUUAAAUUUAAUUUUGCUCAAUUUGAGGAACAUGACAUUUCUCGACUUAUUGAAGAUAUUGCCAUCGCUUGUAGGAAAUCGAGAGAUAUCUUGGAUAUAGAAUGUUGCCUCAAUUUUUGGGAUAUAGUAGUACGAUAUGGUUAUGUACCUUCGUCUUCAUUGAAUUCGUAUGUUAAUGUGCUUUGCGAUAAAGUUAAUCGUGAUGGUUCGAUUUCACAAACAAGUUGGCAUAUAAUGCGUAACUUAUUAAGAAGCCAUUGCGAUUAUGGUACCAUCAAAAUAUUAUGUGAUAAUUUAAAUGCUGAAAUAGUAACUGUUGAGUCAACAAAUAUUUUACGAGGAUCUGUAUUGUUUUUAGGAGGGGCAUUAUGGGGAUCAGAAAGGGUCGAAACUCUUUCACAUACAUAUUCUGCUGCCCUUUCAGCAAUGAGUCAAUCAACAAAAUCUUAUCGAGAUCCUAUAGUUCAUUUUGAAGUUUUGAUUCAGAUUAGUGAACUUGUCACAAAAUAUGAAAAAACCAUUGCUUUACUAGAAUGGGAUAUCAUAUUAGAUAUUUUGGAUAAUACACGAUAUCAUUUUCUAGAGAGUAAAGCUUUGAAAGAAAAGGGGAAUUUUGUACUAGAUGAUGCUGCAGAUAUUGAUUUGGAUCGAUCUAGUGACUUAGCAGUUAUAAUAGCCUAUAGUAAACUAAUACUCCAAAUUCAGACUUUACACGCAUCUUCUUCAUUUGUUGGAUCUACCUCGCGUUUCAUAAGUCUCAUUCAAGACCUUAGGGAUCAUAUUUCCGAAAAUACUAUCAUUAUGCUCCUUGAAUAUUAUGAUGCAGAACAUACAUUAUAUCCAUCUUCACCUGAUUGGCUUGUUAUGUUAGUUGACGUAAUUAAUACAUUCUACAUUAAGAAAUCGUCAUCAAAGGUUCGUCAAAAAAUCUUAACAAUGACGAUGGAUGUAUAUGAGGUUACAAAAGAUAUCUAUCAGGAUAAGCUAUUAGAAGCUGUUAUAAUUCCUAUGUUGACUGAUUUGCCUGAAGAGAUUGAUCUUAAUUUAUCUAAUCCUUCUAUGGAAUUCUUGAUUAUUAUUCUUAAAGAGGCUCCAAGUUACUGGUUCUCUGCUUUGUUAAAAAUCCUAAUACAAUGUUGUCGUUGCAUUUGUACCUAUGAAAAAUCAGAUGCUAAACCAAGAUCCAUGCAUUCAUCGAUUUGUAAAUGUGUCUCUUCUACGGAAGGCCUUAUUAACAUAUUUCAGCAUUGUUUGUACAAGGCUGGCUUUUUGGAUGAAUGCAUCGAGGUUUUCACGGAAAUUAUUAAAAUUCUUGGUGAUAUUACAGCAUAUCCUAUAAUUUGUCGACUUACUUUAUUGCAAUUAUUGGUUAGAAUGAGUGCUGAUAAUGACCAUAGAAUUUAUUUUAUUGAAAAUUUAGAUUUAGUACAUAUUUUACAUCGCGAUGGAGUUGUGACAGAACAAAAUUCUUUACCAACAUCCACCUCUAGUAAUACCAGUGCUAGUUCGGGGAAAAGUAAUGUAAAAAAGAAAAUUGAGAGAAGGGGUAGUUUUAAAGACAUUGCAAAUUCGUUUCUUGACAAGAAAGAAUUCAUUAAAUCUCUAACACCGGAUGAAAAUAAAAAUAUUCCGGAAGAAAGUGUAAUCACAAUUCAACAAGAACGCCUCUGGCAAAUACCCGAGACUUUAAGCUUCAAACUUGUUUCUAGUCAUCCGAGUCCUUAUGUUCUUUCUUGUGAAAUGCCCCUAGAAAAAUCAGAUCUGUUUCAAAAGAUGUGUAGUGAAAAUAAAUCGGAAUCUGACAAGCUCGAUAUUCAAAGUAACACCUCACACGCGAAUGGAAAUGAAACAGAAUGUCGAUUUAGACAAAUUGUUCUACCAAUAAAUCUCUAUCUAAAGUGUUUGAUAGAUAUCCUUACAAAUGACAAAGAUUGGGAUAUAUAUUCGUACAUUUUAUGUCAUCUGCCAUCGCAAUUAAGUAGACAACACUUAUUUUGCGCUGCCUCUAACGAAAUUCUUAUUUUAAGAAGUUAUUUAUGCGAUUCGAUUUUGAACAGUAGGUUAGCAGAAGGCAUUUUACUUCCAGCAGAUAUUAAAAAAGUGGACGUGUAUGUUAUGGCUUAUCAAACAAUGAUAAUUCUCAUAAGUUAUCGCAACUUGUUUAGAAAGAAGGAGUGUGAUGAAUUAGUUUUGACGUUUAAUUUUGGCUUACAGAGAUGGGGACAUAGUGCAAAACCUUGUAUACAUGCUCUCAACAUUUGUUUAUAUGAGUUACCUCUUUCGGCUACAAAACAUCUUCAGAAUACACUCGACAGCUUGUCAAAGAUCAUAACGACUAGUACAAUGAGUGUUCAUAUUCUUGAAUUUCUUUCGGGAUUAGCCAGGCUUCCGGAUUUAUAUGUUAAUUUUACCGAAUCCGAUUACAAACGUGUAUUUGGUAUCGCAGUGCAGUACAUUCAAUAUAGUCAUGCUGCUGCUGGACAACAGUCCACAACUACUACUACAAAUUCCAUAAGUACUAAUGCAUUAAGUCAAUAUGAAAGUAUUAUGGCAUAUCAUGUCAUAUAUCUUUGGUUUAUGUCACUUAGAUUAUCAGAACGACGAAAAUAUGUAACAUUUAUCGUUCAUGGUCUAUUAGUUGCAAACGGAUCUACCCAGAAUGUUGACGAACAGACAGAGACGUGUUUCGAUAUGCUUGCGCGUUUCUCUUUUGCUAGUCCUGGACCCAAGCCCGAACCAUCGUAUAUAACACAAGUAUUAGCUGAUCAAGGAAAAGAUAAAGUAAAAUUGUCUACAUGGGUCCAAGGAAAUUCUUUUUUGACAAUAAAAACCAUGAAAUCGCUUGGGUGGUCUGAGAUUAUAAUACGUAGACCUUCUGGAACUGUUGCUUUUUUAUGUAAACUAGAAAAUCGUAACAAAUUAGAUGGCGUAGACCUUAUUACAUUACCAGCAACAUUAAUGGCUCAUUAUGAUCCUGAUUCACAAAACGUGAUUCCACUUCCGACUAAUAUAACUGAUAUGAUGUCUUGUCAUUCAGAGAUUAUAACUGGAGUUUCUCAACAAGAAAUAUCAGAUGUUCAUAUUGUAGAAACUCGGAAAAAUGAUUUAAAAAUUGAAGAAAAGCUCAUUAUAGUCAACCCGGAAAACGAAGGCUCCGAUCAAAAAACUUUAUCACACCCAGAAUCGUUAGAAAAUCAUAUCAAUCAAAGUCAUGUUACUGAAACGCAAUCAGAAUCAUCUCUUGAUGGAGAUAAGACGCCUCUCAUGACCUUUUCAACUAAACAGCAACGUGUUUUAAAAGAAAUUUUCACAUCACAUUCAUUAAAUGAAGAAAAUAACAUGUAUCGUAAGGAUGACCUUCACAUAGAUCCAAGCUUUUUAUUUCUACAAUUUUCACCCUAUCCUGAUCUCAUAUCUAAGGAAGUUCCUAAACUGUUACCGGACGAUGAUUCCACAACUCGCGCACUAUCGAUGUUGGAUCUUACGCCGGUUGUCGAUUUUUACAAAAUAGGGGUGUUAUAUGUUGGAAAAGACCAGUCCAAAGAAACAGAGAUUCUAUCUAAUAUACAUGGAUCUCAAGAUUAUAUCAAUUUUUUGAAUAAUUUGGGAACUUUGAUUCGAUUAAAGGACUGUAAACAUGUUUACACAGGAGGACUCGACACCGAGUACGACACAGACGGAGAAUAUGCAUACUAUUGGGAGGACGAUAUCACACAAGUAAUAUUUCAUUGUGCAACAUUAAUGCCAACGAACUUAGAGCGUGAUCCACAAUGUAGUCUCAAAAAACGACAUAUAGGCAAUGAUUAUGUUACUAUUGUUUACAAUGAUUCUGGACAUGAGUACGCGUUUGAUACGUUACCUAGUCACUUUAACUAUAUAAACAUUGUGAUUUCACCACAUUCCCUAAAAAGUCAAACAGAGUCUACAAACAAAAGUUCAUAUUUUAAGAUCCAAAUGCAGCGGCGUUCGGACAUGCCAGAAAUCGGACCUAUUACAGAAUUUAAGAUGGUAUCUUCAGAAGCUUUACCAGCAUUUGCACGUCAAACGGCUUUACAUGCAAACAUAUUUGCACAAAUAUUUCAACAAAGUGGAGGACCAAGAAAUAUGGAAUAUGUAUCAAAUUGGAAAGAUAGAUUAAGACAGAUUAAACGAUUUAAGGAACGGAUUAUAUCAUCAUUAAUCAAUGGAAGCAACGAAAAACAACAGAUUAGUGGAGAUAGUAUAGAAAAUAACAUGUUAUUAAGUUUGGAACCA